AUGGCAGGAGUAAAAUUUAUUAGAGUUUGCGAAGAUGAUAAUGAGAGUCCCAUUGAGGUACCGAUUGAAGAUGAUGGCACAGUACUUCUUGCCACACUAAAGUCCGUGUUUCCAAAGUCAACUGGUCUCAAGUAUUUAGCUCCUGAUUCAGGUUGCCUGAGGGGUGUAAGGCUUAAUGAUGGAAAACUUUAUGCUCCAUCAGAUGGAUGGGUUCAUGUUUAUCAGUGCGCAUUACCUAGAGAAAAUAAGCGAAAAGGUAUAGAAGAGAAAGAUACUUACAGUUCGAAGUUUAAAAAGCUGGAGGAGAAGAAGUGUACAGAUCUAAUUGUUUUAAACUUGGCGUGGAAAACUGAUGAAUCUACACUAAAGGAAUAUUUCUCACGUUACGGUGACCUCGUAACAGUUCAGGUACUCGAUGUAUUUAUUCCCAAGCCUUUUCGUUCAUUUGCCUUCGUAUCAUUCGAAGAUCCUGAAGUUGCAGCGGAACUGCUGGGAAAAGAUCAAGUUAUAGAAGGUGUUUGUGUGUCAAUCGGCUCUGCAGUCCCCAAAUUACACCCUCAACAAAAUCGAAAUAGUCCUAUGUAUCCUAAUUCGCACUUCGGAAAUUCGCACAACCCUUGGGCUUGGCAAUACAACUCAGUAAUGAAUGGCCAUGGUUCACGUGAUUUCAACCCUGGUAUGUAUAAUUCCAUGCAAGGUUAUAAUAUGGCAUCUCAUUCACCAUUCGGAAACAAUUUUUCUUCAUAUCAGCGGCAAUACAACUCAUAUGCAAACAGAAUUAAUAUGUAG